AUGAGGACUCUUAAAUUUCAGCUCGACUACGUUCUGGCGAGGAACAUUCCUCAGUCAGAUAUCCGAAAAUCUAGAGCUGUUUGGGACGUCGCGUUCGAUUCUGACCACCGUCCAGUUCUUCUCAGCUUCAAGCUACGGUUCCACAAGAGAAACCGAGGAGUUCCUCUUCAACCGAAAAUCGACAUGGCAGGUCUGAAAGACGAUGAAUGCAGAAGAAAAUUCCGCCAACGUGUGUCUAUUCAUGUUGGAGUACGGACCAGGAAGAAGCUUAGCGAUGCGGAUUCCUUCACAAAGUGCAAGGGAAACGCUUCCGGUUCUAUUGCCGCGGAGGAAGUUUGCCUUUGCAUCUGCGGAAACAAAAUCCACACACAAUUCUGUAUGUGUCGCGCCCAGCGCUGGUGA